UUAUAAUAGAUAUAAAUGUUUACAUGUUGUUUGGAACAAAAAAUAUGAAAUUAAAAAUAUAUUGAAUAAAUAGAAAUGAUGCAGUUGAUUUUUGUUGGUAUUUUCUUAUUUUCGGCUUCUAUUCAACAUUAUAUACCUCCACCCGACCCAUGUCUUAUAGCAAAUUUUUGCAAUCACACGUGGAUACCUCAAUGUGGCCAAGAAACUAAGGAUUUAAAUAAGCGAUGGUUUUUAGAUGACUGUGAUAUGCAUGAAUACAAUUGUGAUAAUAAUAAGACUUAUACACAUGUUGAUAUCGAAGAAUGUCCUAAGAAUAAAACAUUAAAUACAACGACACCCAUCACUACAACUACAACACCGACAACUACUACACCUACAACUACUACCACCACGACAACAACGACAACAACUACGACAACUACCACUACAACUACAAAACCACCAACCACAACCACCACACCUACAAUCACACCAAAUACUACAAUUUCUGAACUUAACUGUACGAGGCGUGCACAAUUGGCAACAUCAACAACCGUCACCACAAUAGAGAAGUAUUUAGCAAAUACUACAGUACCUGAUCCAACAACGACCAGUCAAAUAAGCCCAACGGUAAAUAAUACUAACGAUGAAUCCCAAAAUAUCGUAUCAAAUCUUGAUGAAAAUACAAUUCCUUUGAGUACAGAUGUCACAACUGAAACUUCGCCGACAACUGAGGCAGAAACUACACAAGAAAAAAUGGUAACUAAUAUUUCAACAACUAUAACAAACAAUGAAACACAAACAACUCAAAUUGAAACUGUUGAAAGUACGACUGUUCAUACCUCACCUUCUUUAGUAACAUGUCAUAAAUAUCCUAAAGAUUGCAAUAGGCCAGUUACUUGGGAGACUACAGUAGAAGGCGAAACUAGGGAUUUCUUCCAAAUCCUCAGAGAACGGUAUGGUGACCGAGUUCAUUUAUUAAGAGACACAACACAUUACCCCAGACGAAGAGCUAGGCUAGUUGGUGAUAGAAAUUAUUUUAUGUUUGGCAGGCACCGCGAAAGCUUUAGAGACAAACGUUGAUGUCACAAACAACAUGCAUAAGCAAGAAAAAAGUGUGUUUGAUAAAAACGAAAAUAUAAUUUUAAUAAAGAAGUACCUUAUAGGUUAUUUGAAAGAUAUCAGUGUAUUAUAAUCACAUUGACAGC